AUGUCUUACCAUCCUCAGACGCCUCAAAGUCCCUCCCAUUUUUCACCCGCAACGUCGUCUGACCCGACGGCGGGCCUCUGUUCCGGCGGCCCGUCGACCUUGACAGCCACUCUCCCGACACCUGCGCACAGCGUCAUCGGAAGCAGCUCACAUCUCGACAUUACAAUGUCUGAUGAAUCACCGCACAAGAGGAAGCGCGAUGUGGAUGACAAUGGUGACCGUCAUCGCAAGAAGAUGCAUUUCGAGGAUAGUAAGUUGGGUAUUGAGGACCUGCAUUUAGAUGUUGGCCCGAAGUACCUGCUUUGUCAAACUCAGCACCCUGAACCGUUACCUCGAACGUCUGAAGACUUGUACGCCAUGUUUGGCCUCGCCGAUCUUGCCGCCGAAGUCGCCCGAGAAAAGCCAAACGGUGAGAAGAAUGCUUUGCGGAAGACGUACAAGGGUCACAUUAAGCGGUUAGGUGUUGCUGGUCAUUUCGAUGUGCAGAAGAAAAAGGAGGACGCACCGUCAGAAUUCAUGGCCAUGAUCCAGGUUCCCGAGUUGGAAUGGAAUGUUCACCAAGUCAAAGGUCGUGAGAUUUCCGAUGGGCUGUCAGAGACGACCCUAUCCAACCUCGGACGAGCAAUGACCAUGUGCAAAGGCCCCAUCCCCAGGUCUGUAUGGGACACGUCGGUUUUGGGAGAUUUGGCACCAUCCAGCGGAAAUCCUUCAAAGCCCCUCUCUGCGAAACCGUCAGUGCCGAACAUGCCUCUCGCCCCGACCCCCAACGCCAUGGGCCGACCAAAGACUCAGGUUGCAGCGGGCCAGGAUCCCAUUCGACCUCGCAGGAACAUCAAAAAGCGAUCUUACGGCGACAGCAGUUUUGAAGGCUAUGGCGAAGGGUUUCCAGACGAUGACGGAGGUAUGGACACGGGAUACUCAACCGGAGAAGGCGAAAGCGGGCAGAAGCGACGCAAGAAGAGCUCUGGAAAUACACCGCAAAAUCCUAUCAUGCGACAGCAAAGUUACGGCCCUGGAAUGGUGGGAGCUUGA